GGGAAAAACAAUGGCAUACAAACAGUCUCUUUUUCUCAUCUCUAGCUGUGUAAGAAAAUAAUCUAUAAAAUCUGCAAAAAUCAUUCUCUGGGAAUGAGUUUCCCUCCAGAAACAGUCUGUUCCUAGCCAAGAACAUCAUGAGGCUGCAGCGCCUGGGGAUAACCCACGUUCUGAAUGCAGCAGAGGGGAAGUCAUUCAUGCAUGUGAACACCAACGCGGAGUUCUACGAAGGCACAGGCAUCAGAUACCAUGGCAUUAAAGCUAACGAUACACAGGAAUUUAACCUCGGUCGCUAUUUUGAGGAGGCAGCUGAUUUCAUUGAGAAAGCACGUGCCCAGAAGGAUGGACAAGUGUUUGUGCACUGCCGUGAGGGCUACAGCCGUUCUCCUACGCUGGUCAUCGCCUACCUCAUGCUUCGCCAGAAUAUGGAUGUCAAGACUGCACUGAGCACUGUCCGGCAGAAGCGGGAGAUUGGCCCCAACGACGGUUUUCUAAGGCAGCUUUGCCAGCUCAAUGAGCGGUUAGUGAAGGAGGGCAAACUGAAGCCAUAG